AUGCACGUCAUGGUCAAAAACUUGCUGUGUCGUCGUCUACAGAUGACAGCUCUCGCUCGCUGCGCCUCGACGGCUGUAAAGCAACCUGGUCGUGUGGUAGUCAUUACGUCAGGAAAAGGUGGCGUGGGCAAGACCACUGUCACGGCGUCUAUGGGCUACGGUCUGGCGCAGCGUGGCUUUCGGACGUGCUUGAUUGAUUUUGACAUUGGACUGCGCAACUUAGACCUGCAUCUUGGUUGUGAACGGCGGGUGAUUUUUGACUUUAUUCACGUGAUUGAAAACAACUGUCGUCUGAGUCAAGCGCUGAUUAAAGACAAGCGACUGGACCGACUGUCACUUUUAGCAGCCAGUCAAACUCGGGACAAGGAAGCGUUGACGGAAAAAGGCGUGGAAAUUGUCCUAGAUGAGCUCAAGUCACAGUUUGACUUCAUCUUAUGUGACUCACCUGCUGGUAUCGAGUCUGGUGCUCGACACGCCAUGUACUUUGCAGACGACGCACUUGUGGUCACAAAUCCCGAGAUCUCAAGUUGUCGUGACUCGGACAAGAUGAUUGGCUUUAUUGCAAGCCACGCACGUCGGGCCAAAGAAGGUCGUGAGCCUGUUGUUCAGCGACUGCUCGUCAAUCGAUACGAUGCCAAUCGUGUCAAAAAUGACGACUGCCUUUCGGUAGACGAUAUCGAAGAGAUGCUAGGGCUGCCAGUGUGUGGUGUCAUUCCUGAGAGUGCUCAUGUGCUCACGUCUUCGAAUAUGGGCCAGCCAGUGAUCACUGUCGAAGGAGAGAAGGCAGCAGUAGCAUUUGAGGACGCGGUGGCGCGUUUCUUGGGCGAAGAGCGCGACAUGAAGUUCUUGGAACCGGACGCGCCCAAGGGACUGUUUCGUCGGAUUUUCUCCUAG